GCAGCUUCACAUCGUAGAUGCGAAGCAGCAAUGUCAUCGAGUUGAGUCAUGAUAGUAAGAGUCAUUUUCGGUAAAAUCGAAGGUCAUUCGGGCGAAAAUCGGAGCUCAUUUACGCGCGAAUAAUAUAGCAUCUAGGAAAUGGAAUUUGCAUUAAAGGCUAUAAAAACUGAUAAAAGUCAAUAUUUGUAUUGUUUUUGCGUGUUUUUAUUAUCAUUUUCGCCUUUUUGGGAUUAUUCUACGAUCCUCCGACCGGUAGCGAUCUUACAUCGUUUCACGUGAUGGCUCCGAUUUGUUAUUGAUUGAUGUUAUACUUUUCCAUGUGCUUUCCUUCGCUUGCUGUUCAACUUCAACUCAAGACCAAGUUCAAGAAUGGAACCUAAAAAAACAGAAAAAUCCAACAAAGAUGAUGAUGUCGACAUCCAUGGUUAUAUCCAUAAUUUAAGUCCAGUAAAGUCAACACAUAAAACAAAAACSCCUUACUUCGACUGUAUAGUUCAAACURGUGAAGAUGACAAAGUACGGGCAGUUUGUUAUGAUUUACACAAGAGAUAUAAUAUCCAACAGGCAUUCCAAAGCAGGUCACCUGUCAAGAUAUCAGCUACGAAAAGAUUGCCAAAAUCAAGUUUUUCCAAUGACAAUGAAGAAUACAAAAUUACAAAAAAGUCAAAGAUAAUGCCAUCAUCCUCCACAGACUAUGACUAUAAUGAUGAAAUCACAUCAUCACGUGUUACAAUAGGCGAGGCGUUACAAGCAGACCUAUACAAAUCUGUAGAUGUCCUUGCCAAAGUGAUGUCCAAAGAAGACAAAAAUACUGUCAUAACAAAACAAGGAAAAAGACUGGUCAAAAACACUUGUGUCAUAGCUGAUGCGAAUGAUAGCAUCCAAUUAUCUCUCUGGGAAGACCACAUCUCCAAGGUUCAACGUGGAAAAACAUACCUAUUUAAAUCAGUACGUGUCAGAGUGUUUGAUGAUACAAAGUACUUAACAACUAAUGAGGCARCUCUUAUUGAAGAACGAGACGAUUUGGCAGAURUAAACCUAUCUUCAGAUAUCAUAAAGGACAAUAUCCUUKAAGCCGCACAAUGUAUUGCAGCACUAAUCAAAAAGUCAUCUUCGUGCAUAGUAUGCAAUACAUCAAUAGAUUUAGAUGAAGAAAACGAAGAUACAAUAACAUGUCCAUCGUGCCAGAUGACAAUGCUAGCAUCUCUACUAAAUGACAAGUUUGUUGGCACAUUAGUCAUCAAAACUCCUGAAGGAAAAAAGGAAACAUACACAUGUUUCAAUGACACACUCCAGAGUUUUCUACUUUCAAUAAACAGACCUGAGGCAGUGGAUGAUAUACCUAUUAAAGAACUACAAGACCUUCUUGUACAAUCAGGGCCAAAAAACAUGGUUGUUGACAAUGCCAACAAGAGAAUUGACCAAUUUCUUCUGUAAAAAGGACUGCAUGUUAUAUUAGACUUUGGCUUUACACUGGCAUAUCAUCAUUGUUGAUAGAGCAACAUUAAACAGCAAGCACUGAAAUCUAAAAACUCCAUCAAAACCCGUGAUAGAUAAAAGGAAACCUACACCUGCUUAUAACACACUCCAAAGUUUUCUACUUUCAAUAAACACACCUUAAAAUAGACAGUAGAUGAUAAACUUAUUACAGAACUUCAAGACCUCAUUGACAAUGCCAACAAAAGAACUGACCAAUUUCUUCUGCURUAAAACGUACUGCAUGUUAUAUUGGCUUUAAUURAUACUUAUUAUUGACACUGACCAUCAUUGUUUGAUAAAGCACCAUUAAACAGCAAACACUGAAAUCCAACUAGURCUAACGAAGUAGUGCAAUGAAAUUCUUUAAUUCCUAAACUACAUUUAUUUCAUGCUUUCAGAAUGCAGAUAGAGUGGUUUUCUUUAAACCUURAAACAAAAAUGUAAUAACCUAAAGUAUAUUUUACRGGUUAAUGAAAACCAUUCUAAUGAAAACAUGAAAUAUGUCUACUUGACUGAUCAAAUAAUGCUAAAUUCUACUUAAUUAUGGUUAUUCUUUAUUUUCUAUUCUAUCRCUAUUUAGCAGUAUUCUGUUAGUUUUUGCUUUCAGUGUUUUGCACUUUACUGUUUGUACACUGUUAUAUAGCAUAUCGUUAACCCAGUUUUUUCGUUUGUUUGUUCACAUUGUUCUUUUCUAUUUAAAAAAAUGUUAAAAAAUCAUACAUGAUUGCGUUUUGCAAUGGAUUAAAUGCAAACCAUUAUAUUAAUUACAUAACAGUGAAGCUGCAU